GAAUUUUUUUAAAUAUAUUAUUACAAUUUAAAUAAUUUCUGCUACAAAGCAAACAUUUUAAAGUAUGACUAUAGCAAUAGAGUAGUGCGAUGGUAGGGAAUGUGCCGAGUUGCGCACUGUUGUGUCCAUUUGUGUCUGUCAGUAUCAUUUAAUUCGCCGUGAUAGAUUCACGCAAUACUACUCCAGUAUAAUAAACUACACAAAAUAAUUUGUUUGAACCAAGUAAAUUCAAUUUGAAGAAUUCAAUCAUAACAUUUAUUUAUCGUUUAACUUGCUAGUGGAGUUUACUUUGAUUUAUUUUAUUUUAUUUUAAGAAAAUAAAGUAAAGGAUUGUUUUGUACAUCUCUAUAUAUAUCUAUUUUAAAGGUUCUAGAAAUUUCUUUGCUAUAUCUACGAUAAACGUUGACAAUUUUAGUUUUAUUGUUUCAGUUCUGUAAGAAUGUGAUUAAAAACAUCAAUAAACAUCUAUUAAUCUUUUAACAAGUAUUAUAUGAUUAAAAUAUUGUUGAAUUAUCGAAGUUGUAUUUGAUAAAUUAUUGACAUCAAUUUUCGUAUUAUUUACUAGAACGAUUUAAAUUAUUUUUUACUAGAAAUUUUGUGAGUUUAUUGUUGUAUAAAGAUAAAAUUUUGUUUGAUUGGUUAAAAAUGUGAAAUAAUAUUUAAAUGGAGUUGGAUGAUAAAAUAUAAAAAAAAAACUAUCAUUCAGUGAAACUAUAUCUGUGUAUAAUGUCAUAAAAAUAUCUGAUUCAAGUAAUAUUGUGGCGCCUUGGAUCUUGGACUAAAACAGACAGAAAUAUUGGAAAUAAUGGAGCCAUUUUGCUUUAUUGAUACCGAUUUAAAUAUCAAUGAUAAUAUUAUAAAAGAUACGAAGGAGAAAAAUAUUACCAACGAAAAUGAAAAUAAUAUUAAUGAAAUCAACAAUAUAAAGAAAUAUUAUGAAGAAAUUGAUUAUACACAUAAUCCACAACAAAGACUUGCAGUGUUAAGUUUUGAGCAAGUACGGAGAUUAAAUGAUGUAAUGAAUGAGGUUGUUAGUAUUCAUGGUAGAGGUAACUUUCCAACCUUGGAAGUACGAUUAAGAGAUUUGGUGACAGUUGUAAGGAGCAAACUGGAGGAAAAUCCGGGUAAUGGUGGAGCAGGAAUGAGAGUACGAGAUAUUCGAUUAAAUGGUGGUGCCGCAUCUCACGUUUUAGCUACUGAAUCCCAACCUUAUAACGAUCUAGAUCUCAUAUUUGGAGUAGAACUUACUAGUGGUCGUCACUUUGAUCGAGUUAAAACAGCAGUACUUGGAUCACUAUUUGACUUAUUACCUGAAGGUGUCAGCCGUAAGCGCAUAACUACUUGUAGUCUCAAAGAAGCAUAUGUUAGUAAAAUGGUGAAGGUCACCGAUGGUGAUAGGUGGUCGCUUAUUUCUUUAGGAAACUCACGUGGACAUCGGAAUGUUGAAUUAAAAUUUGUUGAUACAAUGAAACGACAAUUUGAAUUCUCUGUUGAUUCAUUUCAAAUUAUUCUCGACUCAUUACUUCUUUUUUACGACUGCAGCAAACUUAAGAUUAGUGAAAACUUUUAUCCAACUGUUAUCGGAGAAUCUGUUUAUGGUGACUUUCAAGAGGCUCUUUAUCAUCUUCAUAAAAAACUUAUAUCGACUAGACACCCUGAAGAGAUUCGAGGUGGAGGUUUACUUAAAUAUUGUAACCUUCUCGUUAAAAUGUACAAGCCUGCUCAACCAGAUUACAUCAAAACACUAGAAAGAUACAUGUGUUCGAGAUUUUUUAUAGAUUUUUCUGAUAUUAAUCAACAGCAAGCUAAACUUGAGAAUUAUCUGUGGAACCAUUUUGUUGGUCCAGAGGAGGAAGCUCUAAAAUAUCAAUAUCUCAUGCUACUACACAGUGUGGUUGAAGAAUCAACAGUAUGUUUAAUGGGUCAUGAAAGGCGACAAACUUUAGCUCUCAUUGAAAAUCUUGCUUUUCAAGUUCUUUGUCAAAAACAACAACGAUUGAAUAAUCAACCAACUCCAGUUGGGCCACCGACAACAUAUGUUUAUACAAAUGGAUAUACAAAUCCUGGAUUUUACUAUACUCCAGUAAUUCCAACAGCUUGCUAUACAUGCACUUGCAAUUCUUGGAUGGCGUGUUCCUCGUGAUGCUAUGUUCCUGAUUCAGCAGUAACCAACUCAACUCUAACGUGCUGACAAGUCAAUAAUGUCGACGAUCUCAGUGAUGCAGUCACAAUCAUCGAUCAUAGAUCUAAUCGAUGGCACCACUAUUUGGUCAUUACUAUUAUUUUUGUAAUAUUCAUUAAAACAAUCACAGGAAAGUAUUACUUUCUUGUAAAAGUUGCACUUGUAUUGUCUGAGGUAUGACCAUUUUUCAAUGAGAAUUAUUAUGAUUAGUGUAAUUUUUAUCAGAAAAUAUCAUUGCUAUUCAUGCAUCUAUGACAAUUUUGUAAAAAAAAAUACAGAAAAUAGUAUAGAAUUAUACUAUAAUGUUUAAACUAAUACAAUAUAAUGAACUGAUUGUAGCAGGAAUUAUAAUACUUGUGUUAUGAAGAUGCUAAUGAUUGCAUUCACUUUUUUAUUUAUUAAUUUAAAGGUUCGACUGAUUUUAAUAAUCACAAUUUUAUUGAAAAUUAUUUUAACUGUUUCCCAAUCAUUUAAUUUGCAUUCUGAAAAUUUAAAUAUCGAAAACAACAGAGUGAACGACUUAAUGUUCUAUUUUAUGAAAAUCAAUUAUUGUAUUAAGAAUUGAAGGAAUUUUAUUGUACAUAUGAUAAAGUGAUACAUACAAAAAUAUAUUCUUAAAUAUCAAUAUUCGAAGAUUUAUAUUUAGACAGAUAUUUUUCAUUAUUCUGCGCUCUUAAUGUAUCCAUUAUCAUGUAUACAUUAUAAUAUAAAAAGUAAGAAUAACUUUAUUCAAUCAAAAAAACAUUGUAAUAAAGAAAUUAAAUAUCAAUUCAUAAAACUGAAAUUAUUGAUUUAUAUAUAUAUAUAUUAAUUAUUAUAUCAUAACAAUACUGUUUGUCUAAUGCAGCUUAUAAUUUUUUCUUUGAAAUAAUGAUAAUAAUAAUUAUUACCAUAAUAGUAAAACAAGAACAACAGUAGUAAUGAUGAAGAAAUACACGGAAAUAAACAAUCAUGACUUAAAGAAGACUUUAAAUAAUUCAGCUAAAAUUUUAUUCCCAAGAUCUUCAAUCAUGAUAAUAACUUGGGAUAGUCGGUCCAAAAAUUACUUUAAAAAGUUUUACAAAACGUUCAUGAAAAUAAUUAUAAUCCUAAUAUUACUACUAUUGUGGUCAUUUGUAAAACUUCUGAACUAUUCUAUUUAGAAAUUGAAAUGUUUAUAAAAUCGAGAAAUAUCCAUUUGAAAAAAGUAUUUGUCGACGAUACUUUCAUGAGUACAAAAAAUUGGUAAAAUUUCUCUCUCUCUCUCUGUCUCUCAAUUACUGUUAGUAUUACUAUUUAGCUGUUAUUAUGAUGAUGAUGAUUAUUAUUAUAUUACAGGUGAUGGUAGUACCACUAUAAACAAUGAAAAUGUGAAAAUGGAAUAAACUCGCUUAGUUAAAAAAUUCUUGCACCAUACAACAGAAACAAUGUAGAAAUUAUUUCAUGUGUUUUACACAUCAUAUAUAUUAAAAUACAACGAUAAAGUAUUGCAAAUAACAUCAAAAUUAGAAACUGCAUUAUUAAGUCUGGUAUUUAGAGAACUACGUUCUAUUUAAUAAUCUAUAAAAUAUCUAUUUAAUCUUUGAAAGAAAUGAAUUUAGCUCUAAUGAAAAUUAAUUGUUGUAAAAAUUAAAAGAAAAAUUAUUUGAAAGUGCAGAAAAAAAUUACAAAAUUCCUAUGUACAAGCGAAAAAAUAUCAUUAUUGUUACGUUAAUUGUUUGUGGUGAUCUACUAGUAGAUUUUAUAAAAGGUUAUUCAUAGAAGAAUUAAAACAAAAAAAUUAAUUAAAAUUUAAAAAGUUUCAAAAAAAGCCUUAAUAUAAUUCGUAAAUUAACAAUAAAAAACUAUCAGGCAUAAUUAUAUUAGAACAUUAAAUCAUAUUAGCUUAUUAAGAUCAGUAUAGAAAGUGGUAGAGACUCUAAAAAUUUGCAUUAUUUUUUUUGAGUCAACGUUCAAAAAAUAUUAAUCAUUUUUUUUAAUUUAAUAAUCAAUUUUUCUAACCACUAUUAUUAAUUAUUAUUUUUAUUAUUAUUAUUAUUAUUAUUAUUAUUACGUUUAGCAUUCUUUUUAUUAAUAUUGUGUGGCUGUGAUCACAUUUUGUUUAGAUUUUGCUGUUAAAGAAUACUACAAUUAUCUAAUAAAAUAUCAAUUUGUAAUAAAGAAAAAAUGGAAAAUAAUAAAAAAAAAAAAACAAUACCGUAAAUAAAAGUAUGUUUCUUUGACGAAUAUUUUAACAUGGAAGUUCAAUGCUAUGUUAUACUUAUGCAAGCAUUUUUGGAAUUAUAUUGUUAAAUAUUUUAUAACUAUAUCUAAAUAAAUCAACUGCUAUUUGUAUGAAAGUGCCUAGAUAGUUUAAACCGAUAAGUUGACUGUGUAUAAGUACGUAAAUACAAUUAAAAAUUCUUGCCCACUGUAACAUUUCCGUCAGAAAUGCAAACUGAAAAAUGUGAUAUUGAAUAAGUGCAAAUUGUAACCGGAAUGUCCAGUCAUUCUUAGAAGGCAACAUAAAUAUUUAAAAAAUAGUGAAUAUGAAAAUAGUAAUCAGAAGAGAAAGAUAGAAUAUUAUAGUUGUAAACUAUAUGGUGCUCGAUUGUCCACAUGUAUGUGUUUGUUAAGUUGUCAUAUUGAGACUCUAGUCUCCCGUAGCAACGCUUGCAUAACUUUAUAAGAUAUUGUAAUUAUUUAAUACUGUGAGCGCGAAACCAACCGGGCAAACUCUGUACAGCUGCUAAAUGUAUAUAUAAAUAAUGGUUUGCACAUGUGUAAGAAUUAAGUAUGUAUAUAGUUGCUUAGUCGACCGAUAUCACAGGCAAGAAAAGCAUGUCGAUGUAGUAAUAGUUACAAGUAUUUGCGGGUAUAUAUGAAUCCAUUUCUAAACGUUCAACACAUAGUCAUGGAAUAAAUUUCUGAAUUGUAUUUACUUGGCUCGAUAUCGACUAGUGACCCCGAUUGUCGAUUCGCUGGUUUACACAAAUACUACUUUGCAGCUAAGAAUCAGUCACUUCGUGCUAACUCCGCCUUCUCUUCCUUUUUUUGUAAUGCUCUUAUCCCACUCUUUUUAUAGUUGUGAAGCGAAAGUAAAUCUUAGUAAAAAGACAUUAAACUGGUUUUUCAAGUAUCAUGUCACUAAUGCUAGAGAGUAGUAAUCAUGAUUCAAUAGUUUGUUUGCGAUUACUACUCUUAUAGUUGUAUUAUUCAAGGCACAUAUUUUUAUAACUUAUUCGGCAUCUAUGAUUCAAUUAAUUCCAACUCAUAGGUAUUGAAUAUCAUUUUUUUUACUAAAUGUAUCAUAAUAUAAAUAUUUUUAGCAAAGAUAGUAUAAUAAAGAAUGCCGAUUUAUCAUUCAUCAUAUUUUUAAUAUAAUUAAGUUGCCACACUUGCUACAUAUUCUGUGAUGUAGAUACUUUAAUGUUAAAUUUUUCUUAAUGUAUGGGAUAUUAAAUAACACGUAAUAGAAAAAAAAAGAGUUAACACAACAAUAAAAAAUUAAAUAAAAAAAUGACUGAAUUUCUAUCGCAGUACAAUUAUUAUAAAGUUAUUAGAUUCGUUGAUAAUCGAGAGAACAAACAUAAAUCGUUGGUACAUUAGUAAUUAACUAGUUUAUUAAUGAUAGAUCGAGCACCAUAUAGUUAACUGAUAAGAGCAACACGCACAGGUAUCUUUGCUGAUAAAAAUUUUCAUCUCAAUAAUUUGUAUCUUUCUCUCUCUCCUUCGACUAUUUAUUAAUUUUAUAUCAUACAGAAUGAAUAUGAAAAAAUAUUCCUCUUUUAUGAGUUAAUUUUUUUCUGGAGAGUAUUAUCGAAAUAAAAAAAUUUAUAUAUUAUAUAUUUGUCAUUAUCAUUGAAGCAAAUGUAUCAAUUAUAGUGACCAUUAUAUAUUUUAUGCAGUCUAUUAAUACUUUUAGCAUAUGUAAUAACAAAAAAAAUUAAUAAACUAACUUAAAAUAUGAUUUUUUUUUUAAAGGAAGACUUCUUGACCAUCAGCGUACAAUUAAAAGGAAUGGCCUUAAGAUAAUGCAAAACAAAUAUAAUUCUGAUUGCAGUUUUUAACUAAUGUUUUUUAAUUUUAUCUCUUAUGGUCAGAUUCUUUUUUGUUUAAUAAAGUACAAAUGACAGUAAUUAGUGCAUGUGACACAGAUGUUGCUUAAAUUUUUGAAAAUAGAAAAGAAAAAUAGAGGAAAAAGUUGUCUAAUUUAUACCUUGAUUGAUAUUUUCUGGAGUAAAAGACAAAACUCCUAAUUAUGUAAAGUUUGCAUUUGUUAUUAGUUUGAAUAAUUUUUAACUAUUUCUGAAUGUAAUAAUUGACUUUAAAAUAAUAAGAAAUAUGAAUUAAAUACAGGUAUAAACUAAGCAACUUAAUUCUAAAAAUGACUCAAAAAUUCUCCUAACCGAUUUAUCAUAAUUUUAACACUUAUUUAGACUAGAAAAAACUACAUAGAAUAAAAACAGAUAAUCAAUUGAUUGUAAUUAGUGUUAUAUAGUUAGAAACAAUAGACAUACAUUGAAGAACAAUAGGGUACUAAUAAUUUUUUAAUUUAAAAAUAAGAGAAAUUACACGUACGAUUAAUAUGUUAAUGUGUCCUAUAGAAUUGUAAUGACUCUCCUCUGAUUUUAUGAAAAUAAAAAUGUACCAAUAAUAUAACUGAAA